GAAUGUUGAGUUCACUUCUUUGUCUCUCUUGAUUAACUUUUCUUUUUCUAAUUAAAAAUGUAAUCAUAUUAAUCAUUUAUUUUUUUAUUAUUUCGAUCAAAUUAUUGUAAAUGUUUUUUAUUCUAAUUGCUAGUGACUCUUUUGAGCUUAUUGGUGACAUAAAUUGUUCUCUUUUGUGAAUAGAAAAGGAGAAAAGAUCAGAAAGACCAAAAUAACAACAUAUUCCCUCUUUACUAUUGCCUCUUUUUUUAUUCUCUUCUCUUCUCUUUUUCUUUUUCUUUUUCUUGUGUUUGUUUCUCUUUCUCUCUCUCUCCAUCUUUUCUCUUGGUGGUGAAAAACUAUGGAUACAAGUACCAAUAAUUUAAGGUGUGAAUGUGAACACAAUGGAUAUACCAGUGAAUUAGAGAAAUUAUUGGUUGAUUCUGAGAAGAAGAUAAAAGAUUUAAUUGAUAAUCUGGCCCGAUGUAGAAUGGAAAAUGCCAAUUUACAAUAUCAAUUACAAUUGAACCAACAAUCAAUUUAUGCCCAAUUAAAUGAUGGACCAGGUAGCCUUGGGAUUCACAUAUUACCUUGUAAAGAUGGACUGGUUAUUCAAAGUAUUUUACCAGGAGGAAGGAUUGAUAAUGAUGGUAGACUUUCAAUUGGUGAUACAAUAGUUGAAGUUAAUGAUAAAAGUUUAUUUAAUACUAAUUUUGAACAAGCUCAACAUAUUUUAAAAGAAGCCUCUCAACGUAAGGAGAUACGUUUAAGGUUUAUCAAAAGUCCUGUUGUUUCCUCUGUUGAUAGUGAACCACCAUCUUCAUGUUCACCACCACCUUUAUUACCCAAGCCAACAUUUAAUCGAGAAUCUUCAAUCAAAUUAAAUCAAUUUACAACUUCUACUUCCACUAUUGAUGUAACUAAUAAUUCGGUGCCUGUUAAACCAACUCUAUUAACCCAAACCAAUGGACCAUCGGUAACACCCAGAAAACUUGGUAAAAAAUAUCAUGUUCGCUUGGUUAAAGGUGAAGAUGGAUUAGGAUUUACUAUUACAACCAAAGACAAUCCUGCCGGAGAUCCUUAUCCAAUAUUCAUUAAAACAAUAUCUCCCAAAGGUGCUGCUAUUAAAGAUGGUACACUUAAAUCGGGUGAUCGAAUACUUCAAGUUAAUGGAAUUGAUUUAAAAUCUCAGAAACACUCAGAUGUGGUUUCUUUUUUAAAAAAUAUCGAAAUUGGAAGUAGUGUUGAUAUGAUAAUUGCUCGUCAAGAAUCAGAUAUUUCACCGAUUCCCUCCUUACCCCGUCCAUUACCUGGAGAUAAAGGUGGUGAAAUACCAAGUAGCCGACAAAGUGAAGUGUUUACCUUUGAAAUUCAAUCUAAUGAUACAAGUUCCGCUGGCCUUGGGAUCAGUGUUAAAGGAUUGAUUGAUAAAUUUGGUUGUGACAUGGGCUUAUUUGUAAACAAAAUUAUCCACGGUGGAGCUGCAUCCAAGGAUGGUAGAUUAAAGGUUGAUGAUCAAAUUAUAAGUGUCAAUGGGAUUACUCUUUUGGGUUUAUCGAAUGAUGAUUCAUUUAAAUUAAUGCAAAGUUCAUUUUCUUCUGGUGCUGGUCAUGAAGUUAAUCCCAAUCAAAUAACGGUAACUAUUGCUCGAUAUGUACAAACACCAGAUUGUGAAGAUGGUAAAUUUCUUCGAGCAACUAAUGAAUCAACCAACGGAGAUGUGGGUGUCUCUGUGGUUGUUUAUGAAUCAACUAAUAAGGAUGAUUUAGAUGUGUCCAAUAGUAGUUACAAAUCAAAUGAAAAUACAAUUAUUUUCAAGCCAAAGGAAAUAGUCUCGCCAAAUGAUCAACUUGAUGCUCAGUUUAGUGGUCAACAUCCAGUUUCCAAUCGAUUACAUGGUCGUACUCCAUCAAUUCGUGAUAGAGUGGUCCCAGUGAAAAUUGUGAACGGUGAAAAAUCACCUAAUCGAAGUGAUGUUUACAUUGAAGAAGAUGGUGAAGAUGGAGACUCCCUUGAAAUUAGCCAAACAAUACCCAAGUCAGUUGAAGAUAUUGAUGAUGAAGAAUUGAAUGCUCUUAAACCUGUGGAAAGUAUUAUCUCCCUUGCUGAUGAAAGUGAAGUUGUCUUUCAAAGAGAUGGCUUUGGUAGGCAAAGUAUCUCAGAGAAACGACAUGCAACUUUGAAUGUCAAAAAUACUGACACAUAUCAACGUAACAAAAAGGCCAAAGAAGAGAGAGAAAGAGAAAGGCAAAGAUUAAAAGCAGAAUAUGAUGCAAAUGAAGGUAUAAUCCAAUCAUCGACCCCAGUUACACCAUCUCGCAUGGAGCCCAUGUCAAACUCAGUAUUAUCUUCAACACCUCAAAAUCAUAAUCAUAAUCAUAAUCAUCACCACCACCACCAACAACAACAUGGUUUGAUAGAGACACCAAAACAAUUAUCCAAGGAUGAAAAUAGUAAACCAAUGAAGCCUUCAAGAGGAGAAAAAAGUUCUUCUAAAAAUCCUCCCCUCUUCUCUCCUAAAUGUUGCUGGAGUUGCCAAUCACCAGGUUCUUGUCCUUAUCAUAUCGCUCCAAACACAUCAACCCGAGGCACUAAUUCUGGUGCCGAAUCAUCUGGUCAAAAUCGUGUAGGCCCUAAUUUGGGUCUUAAAAAAUCUUGUUCAUUGGAAAGUUUACAAACCAUGAUGCAGGAACUUCAAAAGGACCAAUUAGAUGGUCAAGAAGGUAAUCCAUUUGCUGGACCACGACCAGCGACACUCAAAGUAUCUCGAAAUCGAGCAACCAAUGAAAGCUUUCGUGCUGCCGUUGAUAAAUCAUUUGACGCCGCCACUUCAGCCCAACAAGCCAUGGAAACUCUAGCCGAAGAAGGCAGUGAAAGUAAUUCAUCUCUCAACAUGAUACUUCAACAACAACAACAGCAACAACAAGCACAACAUCAGCAGCAGCAGCAGCAGCAGCAACAACAACAACAACAACAACAACAACAACUUUUAUACUUACAACAACAACAACAUCAUCAACAAUCACAACAGCAACAAUAUCAACGGCAGCCAUCUCUUAAUCUUCGUCAUAUUCAAGAUACUCGAUUAACUCAUCAUUCUCAUUCUAAUGGGGAGCAUAUUUCAUCCAAGCCAUCAGAAGCGGCCAUUUCUACUACAACCGGAACAGGUUCACAAUUUACUACGAGUGGUGAUGAUGAUAUUGCAUUAAUUAAACGUAAAAACUCAGGGACCAAAAAGGGUUUAAUUAAAACAUUGUUUCGUCUGGGAAGUGGUAAAAAAUCAAAAUCCGAUGGAUCUUCAUCUUCGUCCGGUAAAAAUCAUAAGAAAGGUGAUUAUGAAGACGUUAAUAAAAUACGUGCUCGACAAGCAGCUCAAAUGGAGCAAGAAAGAAUCCAAGAACAUAUAAGAAGAUUCAAAGAGCAACAACAUCAACAACAACAACAACAACACUAUCACCAUCAAAGUCUUCAACAACAACCGGUACAAAUUUUUCAUCAACAAACUUUGGUUAAAUCACCAAUUGGAUUACCACAAAACAAUGACCAUCUUCCAUUAACUCAUUUCCAAUCAGAUCCAACUAUUCAAUAUAAUCAACAUCAAGCACAACAUCAACUUAAAUCACCUCAUCCACCACAACUCGCACCACAUCAGUCACAAAUUCAGUCACAAAUCUCAUCACCACAACAACAACCACAACAUACUCUUUCCUCUCCCCCAACAGUCAGUGGUCAACAAGCAAUGAAACUAAAUGCUCAUGCAGGAGUAAUUUAUGGUUCAACAAGAAUCGCCAAUCAUGUUAGGACACCUUCAGGUCGGAUGAACGCAGCAACAGCCGCAGCGGCAGCAGCAAGACGUCAGUAUCCUGUUGAAAUUCAAGAAAGGGUUGAUGAUAGAUAUGACCGGACUCGAUUACCACCCCAACAGAUUAUCGACUUGCCAUCCUCAUCCCCAGCAUCAAAUCAACAGCAUGCAGGUUACAUCGAAAGGCCAAUAAUUCAAACAUCAACUUCAUCAUCAACAAUAACAAGACCUGGUUAUGGAACCAAUGAUAUUUAUGCUACUUAUGAUACACCUUAUGGAGCAGUUAAACGUAAUGUCUACCCUGGCAGCUAUCGAUCAGCAACCGUUGAUAGAAACUUUAACAAUCGAUCAACAAUUUAUUGGGGCAACAGUGGCCCUACAACAACCACUCGAACCGUUACCACGGCUGCUGAUGCAACCCUACGUAGGCCUCACAGUGUAUAUGUUGAUGAAUACGGUCGAGCUUCAAUCAAAAGACUUGGCCAAAGAAAGGUGGGAGAUGUAUACAGUUACCCUCCUCGUCAUAUAACUUAAUUAAUUAUUCACUUAAAAUAUAUGUUGAUUUUUUUACACACAAACUUUAAUUUAGACUCACAUUGAUUAACUAAACUUUUUUUUAUACACACAAACACACACUCUAAUCACUGUUGAGUUUUAACAUCAACAGUUUUUCAAAUGAAUGAAUUUUUUUUUGUAAAUAUUAUAUUAACUUGAUAACUUUAAUUAAUGUGUAUAUUGUUAUAAGACACAAUCAAUUGAAAUUACAAUUAUCAUGUUAACAGAGAGAUUUCAAGUUUUCACCUUUAAUUGUUUUUCAUUUUUGUAAUAAAUUGUAUCAAUAAAAUAAACCGACUUUUGUGUUUGACGAUUUACUAAUUUCA